CAAACAACACAGAACUUUAGCUACUUGCAUUGCGGUUCUCUCAAACUCAGUCUGGAGCCCUUGCACAUGAUAGCAAACCGUUUCUUCCAAAGACGAAUCAAUACCAUCUACCUACAGACUGUUUUCUGUAUCCCCGAAAUUUUCACUUGCCCAGCGAACGGUUUGCCAGGUGCACAAUGCUAUCGAGAAGAAACUGGGCUACUCUACUGCGGCGGCGGCGACUUCUUGACACAGGAAUAAGCCCAUCACCAUCGCUAUGUAAUAGUACACCCGACCCGUCUACAAGCCUGCUACCGUCGCGUCCUUCUCGAGAAGGAAGUAUUCGGGCCCAACACACGGCGACUUCAAACUCAAACUCAAUUCCAGAUACAUAUGAUGUCUGUAUUAUUGGUGGAGGGCAUGCGGGCUGCGAAGCGGCGACAGGUGCUGCCCGUACUGGCGCACGAACAGUACUGCUAACCCAGCGGAUUGAUACUGUGGGCGAGCUCUCAUGCAAUCCUUCCAUUGGUGGUGUUGGAAAGGGUACACUAGUGAGGGAAGUUGAUGCUCUGGAUGGCAUUAUGGGAAGGAUCGCGGAUAAAGCUGGUAUACAGUUCCGCAUGCUCAAUGCGUCAAAGGGUGCAGCUGUUUGGGGACCUAGAGCGCAGGUAGACCGUAAGAUCUACAAGCGCCAUAUGCAAGACAUCAUUUUUGGCUACCCAAACCUGGAUGUACGUGCUGCAAGCGUAUUUGACCUCGUAUUCGACAAUAGUCCCUGUACGUCGACAUCAUCAACGUGGGGGACGGUGACAGGCGUCCGGCUAAAAACUGGAGAUGUGAUCAAGUGUUCCAAAGUCGUUAUCUGUACUGGGACUUUCCUCGGCGGUGAAAUUCACAUUGGGAUGCGUCGUAUACCUGCAGGACGCAUUGGAGAGGCACCCUCGACAGGUCUUUCUGCAUCCCUCAACGCAGCAGGGUUCAAACUGGGACGCCUGCAAACUGGCACACCUGCAAGGUUAGAUAAGAAUAGCAUUGACUUUAGCCGGAUGGAACGACAAGAUGGAGAUGAAAAACCUCAGCCGUUUUCAUUUGUCCAUAGGGCAGUAGACCAUGCUAACAACCAAAUUCCGUGUUUUCAAACUCACACCACGCUGGAAACACAUCAACUCAUCAAGGACAGUAUGCACCUCAGCGUGCAUAUUCAAGAGACCAAGAAAGGUCCGCGAUACUGCCCCUCACUAGAAGCCAAAAUUACUCGCUUUGGGCACAAGGGUAGUCAUACCAUCUGGCUUGAGCCAGAAGGAUAUGAUUCUGACCUGAUAUAUCCCAAUGGAUUGUCGUGCUCGAUGCCCGAGGAACUCCAAGAACCGAUGAUGAGAACAAUACCAGGUCUUGAACAAGUCAAGAUGCUGCGGCCGGCAUAUGGCGUUGAAUAUGAUCAUGUUGAUCCCCGCGAGCUGACCUCGACAUUGGAAACAAAACGCAUCAAGGGUCUUUACCUCGCCGGCCAAAUAAACGGUACAACCGGUUACGAGGAAGCCGCUGCUCAAGGUUGCCUUGCAGGAAUAAAUGCAGGCCUUUCAGCCCGAGGCCGUCCCCCAAUGGUGCUCACCCGCGCAGAUGGAUUCUUGGGAGUCAUGGUAGACGAUCUAAUAGGAAAGGGAGCGGAAGAACCAUACCGGAUGUUCACUUCUCGUUCAGAAUAUCGUAUGACGCUGAGGAGCGACAAUGCCGACAUGCGGCUGACUGAGAUUGGGCAUUCUGCUGGAAUUGUCUCUCCUGACAGAUGGUUAGUCUUUUUGAGUGACCGGGAUGCCAUACAGCAAGGCAUCGAGCUUCUCAAAAGCGUUGUGCUCAGCCCGCAGGGUUGGGGGAGAUACGGAUUUUGUAUUGGACGAGAUGGUAUCAUGAGGAGUGCGUACGACAUGCUGCAGAUUCCAGGUAUGACCGCCGCCGAUCUCGUGCGUUCCGGAGCUGUUCCACGUCUCGAUCUUGUGGAACCAUAUAUUAGAGCACGGAUCGACAUAGAAGCAUCCUACGCUCCUCACCUGUCACGGCAGCUGGCAGACCUUGCAUUAUUCCAUUCCGACGAGUCGCUGCUACUGGAUCCUGAUAUGGACUACUCCAAAGUGCAAGGGUUGAGCGACGAGGUGAGGGAGCGCUUACAGAGGGUCAGGCCCACGACUUUGGGUGCCGCCAAACGCAUGGAAGGCAUGACUCCGACUUCUGCGAUCUACUUGCUAAAGCAUGCCAGGAGGACAUGGCGAGCAACUGAUGCACGAGAACCUAUCAGAGAAGAGCAAGUGGAAGCGGUACAUUUUGCUGAUCACCGGCCUCUUUUGACGGCUGCAACUGUAUAAAUAUCUUUUCGGAGCAUCGCUAUUCACUGUACCGUUGACGUGGAUGUCUUAUACCGUGACCGUGUACGUCCGGAAAGCUAUGUAUAGGUCGGGGGCAUUCGUAGUUAAAAGAAGGAUUCCUUCACGGCU